CAAAGCAGUUUGGGCUGAUGCCUCGGUAGAAGCCUACGAGGCCCUCUUCUUUGAAGAUUGUCCUCACGGCGUGUAGAAAACCACGGUAUUGUGGGCGACUAGAAAGCACACCGUCGUUCACGGCAAGGCGGAUUUUGAGCAGAUCAAACGGAUGCACUGCAAGUGUUGAGGCUACUCCACCUGACACACCGGCGACCAAAUACUCGUAUUUCACGUGUUUGAAGAAGGAUAAGAAGUUCGAGGACGAGUCUCCAUUAUCCGACAUACCGGGGAUGGUCGUCAUGAGUGCGUCGUUGGAGCAUCAACCGCUAGACCCCGCCGAUCACACCAACUAUAUUGUAACCCAAAUUCAUGCCAAAGAGAAACCGUGCCAUCAUCACGCAACCCGGUGCAAGGACUGAUAACUCUCUGAUAACACUGAAUUUCGAGUUUCUACGACAUUUCCGUCUGCACAAACGAAACGACCUUGCAAAUCGCGCAACAGCGUUGCCCGGAUUAGGUAUUGGAUUUGAGCCAUGGAUAGGGGCCAAUAUACGAGCCACGCUUCUCAAUAGCGAUUGGUUGAAGUGGACAAAACCGCGCAACGUAACAAAAGAGGAGGAGGAAUCAAGAAGCCCUCUCACUCCUCACGGGAAUAUGAUCUCAGUUUUUCAGCCAAUCGGCGCCCGCAGACGAUUCCAAGCUCAUGCUUUCUUGGCGAGUUUUGUUUCCUCUUGUGUUUUCUAGCGACCAUUACGUGAUUAUACAUUAUACCAUGCUUUAAUAAUGAACAACGUUAAGUUGCUGCACCUUGCACAGAGAGACGACGUCGAUGGACUGAAGGCAGUUGAAACAGAGCUGUCCACCGAAGCUAGUGGACGCGGCUUAUACGAAGUAUGCUACGAGAAGUCGGGGGAUACUCUUGCUCACGUUGCAGCACGGAGCGGCUCGGUGCGUGUUUUAAGGUAUCUUUUAGAAGAUCUGAAAUCAAUACAGCUGUUGGAAUGUGCAAACCUGGAUGGGAAGAGACCCCUUCAUGAAGCAGCGCAGGCAUCGCAGCCAGAAGCAUUGAAGCUUCUGCUUCAUCUUGGAGCACAAGUGGAUAGCCUGAAGCGAGCAGACUGGACUCCCCUGAUGCUUGCUUGCACGAAAUCUGACCUGGUUACGAUACAGCUACUCAUCAGAGCCGGUGCGAGUGUGGCUUUGAAAAACAAGGAUGGCUGGACCCCAUUUCACAUUGCUUGCAGGGAGGGUCACUACGACAUCAUUCUCUACCUGUUAAACACAUUCCCGGACGCCUGGAAAAAUUGCAGCACCAAUGGGAGGACACCUCUACACACUGCAGCAUUGCACAGACAUCUCAACUGUGUGGAGCUGCUGUGCACGAACUGUGGUUAUGAGCCUGAUGAGGUGGACUCUUGUGGGACAACGCCGUUCAUGGAUGCAGCCAGAGUCGAUGACAUUCAAGUCAUGGACUGCAUCAGCAAUCACCACGAUAUUGACAUUUUGAAGGCUGACAUUGUAGGACGUAACAGCCUGCAUCUAGCCGCACAAGCAGGUGCUCUCUCUGCCAUUGACCACCUGAUCACUCGCUACAGGCUUGAUGUUAACACUCUUACAACAACAAAGCAGAAUGCAUUACACUUAGCGGCUAAGGAAGGCCAAGAAGCUGCCAUCAGUCUCUUACUACAACUUGGAUGCAAUGCCAGACAAAUGGAUCACAAAGGUAGAAAAGCUGCUGAUGUUGCGAGGGCAGUCAACCAUAAUUCUUGUGCUGACAUUUUGUCUAAAGCUGAGAUGGACAAUGCAUUUGUAAAAUAAAAAGUGCUAACACUGU